GUCUGGCGGGCGCGGCGCAGCCCCGCAGGUCGCUGCGCCAGGAGGGCUGCGGGCACCGCGCACCUCCCCGCAGGGCACAAUAUAGAAGUAUGAUAGCAACCGGAGGAGUCAUAACAGGACUGGCUGCCUUAAAAAGGCAAGACUCUGCCAGAUCUCAGCAACAUGUAAAUCUUGCCACAGCACCAGCUUCUGAGGAGAAAAAACCAGUUAGACGCCGGCCCAGGACAGAUGUAGUAAUUGUCAGAGGCAAAAUCCGUCUUUAUUCUCCGUCGGGUUUCUUUCUUGUUUUGGGAGUGCUUAUUGCAUUCUUUGGAAUUGCAAUGGCCAUCCUUGGAUACUGGCCCCAAAAGGAACAGCUUUUAGGAUCUGAAGAUAAUCUAUCUGUAAAUGAAACCCAGAUCCUGAGAAGCCAAGGAAGCAUUUUACUUCGCUUCUUUGAACAGCACGUGCACUCAGAUAAGAUGAAAAUGCUGGGCCCUUUUACUAUGGGCAUUGGAAUCUUUAUUUUUAUUUGUGCAAAUGCCAUUCUGCAUGAAAACCGUGACAAAGAAACAAAAAUAAUACACAUGAGAGACAUAUACUCCACUGUAAUAGACAUCCACACCCUGAGGAUCAGGGAACAAAAGCAGCUGAGUGGUGCCUUCACUGGCUUGUUGGGAGAAGGAGAACUCAGGCACAGUGGGAGCUCAUGUGCAUCACAUCUGGCUGCGAACACGGUUGCGCCUUUCUCUGGCUUCAGGAGUAAUCCUAGAAUGGAUAGUUCUGCUGAAGAAGAUAUUACCCUAAAUGAAGAAAGAACCACUAGUAGCCUCCUGCCACCUCUGCUGACUGAACAAUCUGGUUCAGUCUUUGGACUUUACCCUCACUCCAGCAAGUCUUCAGAUGAUAAAAGCACUAAUUCUAUAAAGUGUGAAACAAAAUCCAUUGUAUCAUCUUCUAUUAGUGCUUUCACACUGCCAGUGAUUAAACUGAAUAACUGUGUUAUUGAUGAGCCCAGUAUAGACAACAUAACUGAGGACUCAGAGAUCACUAGGGGUCAGUCUAGAAAUCUGUCAAUGGAUUCUCUGGCCAUUCCACUAACUGAUACCAAUGAAUCCUACAGACCGGCCGUUCCCAUGCUGCCACGACACAAUUCAUUUGUGGACACUCCAUCUGAUCAGUUCAAAUCUUCUAUGACUCUUGGACCAAGCACAGGAAAGCUUUUAUCUCCUGGUGCUGCCAGGAAACAGUUCGGUUCCAACACAUCUUUGCAUCUUCUAUCUUCACAUUCUAAGUCCUUGGACUUGGACAGGGGUCCAUCUAUGCUCACUGUCCAAGCUGAACAAAGGAAACACCCCAGCUGGCCCAGACUGGAUCGAAGCAACAGUAAAGGAUAUAUGAAGCUAGAAAAUAAAGAGGAUCCAAUGGAUAGGUUACUUGUGCCACAAGCAGCAGUCAAGAAAGACUUUACUAAUAAGGAAAAGCUUCUUAUGAUAUCAAGAUCUCAUAAUAAUUUGAGUUUUGAACAUGAUGAGUUUUUGAGUAACAACCUGAAGCGAGGAACUUCUGAAACAAGAUUUUGAUAUUUAAAUUACAAUUUAGAAGAUGUCAUACAGUAUUUUUUAAAAAAGCAUUUUGACAAGUGUUUCCUUUUCAGUGAGACUGUACUAGCCUGUUUUUAACCAAAUGUUUAAUAGCCCAUUAAAAUUGGCUUGUGCAAACAGAAAUCUUCGCCUUUGUAAUGCCGGGUUUCUUGUUGUAGUAACAUACAGCUGCAAUACUGUACAUUAUCAUUGCUCAGACAGUUUUGUUACCACUGAUUCCAAUUAUUCCCAAAUCAUUAUUUUCUUUGUUCUGUAUAAGAAGGUUACUUUUUAUCACUUUGACUCCAGGAGACUGCAUUAGGAAAAAAAGUUCAAUUUACUUGCAAAUUGUCUUUCUUUAAAGACUGCAAGAGUCUGAAAACAGAGCUUGUGGUCUAGAGUGGGAACUGACCAGAAGCACAUACUGGAAUUGUCAAAUCCAAGCCUUUAUUCCUGGGUGUUGUCUUUCAUAUGCAGUACGUCUUGAACUGCAGUCUUGCCAUUGUCAUUAUGAGAAACUUGUUUACAUAUUGGUAGGUGGAUAGAAAAGAGUGGGUAUAAUUAAAACAAUUUUUUGUGAAUUCAUUGUAGUUGAUCGAGCUGAAUACCGGUGUUGUGAAUUGUUAACUAUGCUUCGUACAAUAAUCUUUCUACAUCCAUUGUAACUUAAUCAUGUAAUUCUGGACAAGCAUAUAUAAAGUAAGAAAUCUGAAAAUUCAGUUCUCUACACCACUUUGAUUGGCAGCAGUUUUAAAAUCAGAAUAGAAAGAUUCAGUUAAAAUCAUAGGAACAUGAUAAAUGCUAACUGGAUUUUAGAAACAUGAUGUAUAAUAAGAUGAUAUUGGGGCAUGCAUCUGAAGACAAUAAUGGAAAAUUAAUAUAUUGCCUCUCAUUACAAUAGCAAGAAGCUAAGUAACUAGAUCUCUAUGUUCAAAAUACUGACGCAAAGCAUACAAUUCAAUAUGUGUACUAUAUUGUAAAAAAGCCCCUUGCCUAUAUUUUGAUUUAUAUAUUUCACAUAAAUAUUGCUGUAAUGGUUCACUGAAGGCUUAGCUGUGGCAAUUUGCAUUACAAGAUUUUCCAAAAGGAAGUGACAUUUAAAACAACGUUUUUCUCAGCAAAGCAGGCUUCACAGUUGACAGUUGUAGGCUAUUGCUAAAGAGAAGGAGAAUCUGAAUGUGCAAUAUCAGAAGGUUUUCAUGAAUUUCAUUAAGGUAUUUAGGCCAUGGCCCUGCCUUGACACCGUGCUAGAGAAUGUCACUUCAAGCUGCUAGGCUCACCUAACAGGAUGUUGGUCUUACUUGGUUGAAUUUGAUAUAUUCACUUCACCUAAAUACUCAGGAAUUAUUUUUAAUGGCUUUUCCCAAAAAGAAUCAAGCUUUUUAAAGUGUCGUUAUUCCUCAAUUACUUUGGCUAUGGAAGAUCAAAGAUAAAAAUGCCCUCUCCCUUUUUUUAAAUAUUCUGCUCCAUAUUUCAACUGUGCAAUGUUUAUAUAUCAGGAGCAUUACGUGCUCAGUGAAUUGAGGCAUAGUGUUAACUGUUAGAACCUCAAGCCUAUAUAUUGUAACAGAGUUGGCUAAAUAUUUUGCUAUGAAGCUUUUAAUAACUUUCUGGUUUGUGUUCUUAAGACAUUUGCUAUUUUUUGCAAUAAAAUGUCUAUCUACACAUAUCUGUUUUAAGACCUAUUUUUUCUUCUAUGAUCUCAAAUCUUACAUAUCAAAGUAUAAUUAGGUAUCAUAGCAUUGUAUAUACCAUUGUGCUUAAUUUUUUAGCCUGCCAGUUCUUAUUUUGUCAUGACUAAUUUCAGGAACAUGCCUACACAUGUAAAGGCUGAAUGGUUUUUUGCCCAUGUAAUGUGAAAUAUAUUCAAAGUGGGUUUGAUACAGGGAAUUUUUGUAUAAAAAGAACAUCCCAUUCUUUUUAGUGUGGCAGUAAGUAUUCUUAUAAAAAUAGAAAACACUAUAAAAAACAUUAAUGAUGCAAGCAUUUUAUUUCCUUAAUAGCUACAUUAAAAGGUAGCUUAAAAUACUGUUUUUCACAUACUAUCAUAUGUGAAACUGGUGGUCCCUUUGUAAGUAUAGCAGGGCAUGAGCUUUUAACAUAGAUAACAGGUAGUGAAAAAUGUACCAAUUCAAAAAUUUAAAAUUAAAAAAAAUUACCAAGAUAAAGCUACCAACUUAAGGACUCAAAAUAGCAUCAUGCAAAGAAACUCUGUGGUUGACAGACCAACUACAAAAAUAUUCCCCUAUUACCCUAAAAUGUAGGCUUUCAUUCAGAUAAUCACAGGACUGUUGAGGUUGAAAAGGACCUCUGCAGGUCAUCUUGUCCAACCCCCCUGCUUAAGCAGGGCCCCAGGACCAUGUCAAGAUGGUUUCUGCAUAACCCCAAAUAGGGAGACCCCAUAACCUCCCUGGGCAACCUGUGCCAAUUCUGGGUCACCCUCACAAUGAGAGUAUCUGAUGUUUUAGAGGGACCCUUCUGUGUUUCAGUUUGUGCCCAUCGCCCCUUGUCCUGUCACUGGGCAACAGACUCUUUCCAGAGCCUGGCUCCUUCUUUUUCGCAGCUCCUUUAGAUAUUUAUAUACAUUGAUAAGAUCCUCCUGAGAACUCUCAAGGCUAAACAGUUCCAACCUGCUCAGCCAUUCCUCAUAGGAGAGGCGCUUCAGUCCCUUCAUACAUGGCGAGAGUCAGGAAUCUUACAGUGGCCAAAAUAUGAACCAUGUGCGGUUGGCAGGUAAGGAACUGAUGAAGACAAGAGCAUGUCUCAAACUUAAAUUGUAUCUUUAGGGUUUAAAUAUCUUAUUCAAUCAGUCGCAGAUUCACUUCACAGACUUUUUUUUCUUAUUAUUUCAUUUCCAUUAUUGAUGUUCUGUGCAGCCCCACAAUGAGGUUUUCAUGUACACUGCAGGGUGAAAAAGAAGCCAAAGUCCGGAAGUUUAGGACUAGUUUUGUCAUCAGAGGAAAUACAAGCCUUUUCAUGAAAUAAGCUAAACUUUACAUCUGUCCAGAGGAAAUGUUAUGGUACUGUGUCCUUUGUAUGCAAUAACUCCAGAAAGAAAUAACUUCUUGCACAAUGAGUUUGUUUCUUCCCCUGCCUAAGACUAUUAAAAAAUAUAUUUUCUACUUUUUAGGUAAUCAUCCUAAUCACUGGCUAUGGAUCAGAAUGAUGUUUAGGCCUCUCCCACCCUCCUGGGCAAAGCUCAUUUAUUAGGCUAUUUUCAUCAGGAAAUAAAGAGCAGGACUCUGCUAGAUAGAGUGAUAGAGCAUAAAUGCUGCUUUACAUUGUCUCUUACAGGACUGACUCUGUAUUUUACAUAAAUUGUAAAAGGUUGCUGAAUAAAAUCCUUGAAACAGG